GCUGCCUUCCUGCUCCUCUCAACUUUCCAUCGUAACUUGCCUGCUCUUUUUUAUUCCCUCCCCUCCCUCCCCUCCACUUCUUCGUUCUUCUCCUCCCUGCACCAGCGCUCUCUGGGCGCCUCAGCUCUUGGUGCUCGCUCCUCCUGCCUGCCGGAAUCUCCAUGUUGUUCAUGCAAAGGAAGCCUGCCCUUUCGUCCCGCCAUCUCGCGCCGGACUAUGGGUAUAGUGAACGUCUAUGGGACCAUACGACUCCAAGGGCGGCAAGUGCCUUAGUCCCCGAUUGUCGUAACCAACAGCUGGCAACCGCUUUCUUUACCCCGACGUCCUCUUCAACCCUGCUGCGGUCUCCAGCGACCUCUUCCAGCGAGGUCUUCUCUCGAGUGGUAAUUUCGCCCGGCGAGGAUGUUUCGAAUCAGUACACUCGCACCUGUUCAUUGGACACGCGACCCAACCUCACUCGAACCCAAACCCUCGACGCUCUCGAUUUCAGUUCCGAGUCCCCCUUUAAACAUGCUCAGGAACAAUCCCCCACUUCCUCGCAUUCUUCCAGGACAUUUAGUUUCGCUAUAAUCUCCUCCCCCGAUACGGAUAUCACGGCGGACGACGUGACGCCAAAAGUGGAAGAAAUUGAAGAUGAGCAAGCCGUCUCGCUGGGAGAAAUCAAGGAACAAGACCACAGGGACUCAGAUCCACGAACGUGUUCUGGGGAACCUCCGGUGCCGACUGCCAUCGAGGCUCCAAGGAAACGGGGCAGGCCGCGAAAACACCCACUACCUACGCCUGGACAAGCGAAGGUCGCCAAAGGAAGAUCCAAAACGGGAUGUAUUACUUGCAGAAGAAGAAAGAAGAAAUGUGACGAGACGAGACCUUCGUGUUUAAAUUGUCAAAAGAACGCGGUGUUUUGUGAGGGUUACCCUGUGAAGGAGAUAUGGAAAAGCGGAAAGCAGAAGAUGGAAGAGGAAGUUCGAAAGAAUUAUCUCGCGGCUAUCCCCCGUGGUCUUCCAACCCUAAUAGACGGGAUAGAAACUGAUGUCGAUCGAAGAUUCCUUGACCAUUUUGUUUUCGAUUUUAGCAGAGUGCUUACACUCAUUAACGACGACUCCAAUCCAUUCAAAGAGAUUUUGUUGCCAAUGGCUACCCAACACCGGGGCCUCAUGCAUUCGUUGAUGUGUCUCUCCGGCUCGCAUCUUUCCACGAGAGACCCAGAACCGCAGUUUAAGGAGCGCAAACACUACCAUUUUGACCAAGCAAUUACGGAUUUAAGGAUGAUAAUAACGUCGCGAGCGGGAACAACUGAUGAGCCAGAGCUUCCCGUAAAUGACCCUAUGAUUGCGGCUACCCUCGCUUUAUGUCUGAAAACUAUAUGCGAGGGAGAAACGAGGGGAGAGUAUAGGUCGCACAUGGAUGCGACGCGAUAUUUCCUACGAACCCACCCACCAAAAAAUAUAAAAUUUAAGCAGUUCAUCAUCGAAUUUUUCCAAUACCAUGACAUUUCAAACUCCUUGACCACGCUUGACCGCCGACCCCUUUGCCUUACAGGUGACCUUCGCCUACCAGACUUUGUGCCCCAUGCCCAGGCUGGCGCACUCUUGGGCAUUUUCGACGGCUUGUUUCACUACAUUUCAGAAAUCACUGUUCUUCGCGACAGAAUCCGACAGCGGAUUAUACAUGGUAUUGAACCCUGGAUCGACUACCAGACACUGAGCGAAGCAGUGUCGAUUGACUCGUCGAUACGAGCCUGGGAGCCGAUUUACCCGCCGGAUAACCCUAACUGGUACGCGGCGCAGUUAUACAGGCAGUCGACAUGGGUGUACCUUUAUCGAACCAUGCGCCCCUCCCGCCCAAGCGAGAAAAUAUCUCGAGUCGUCGAUGAUGGGCUUGUGUUUCUCGAUCAACUUCCUAUCGAUGCCGGUGCCAAUUCCAUCAUGUUAAUGCCGCUGUUCCUCCUUGGCUGUUCGGCCUUCGAAACUAAACAGCGCGAGCGCAUAAAGAGAGGCUUCGAUAGCCUGCAAGCUUAUUCAAGCUUGCGGAAUAUAGAACCGGCCCUUCGGGUUGUUGAAAAAGUAUGGGAAAUCAUGGACCAUAAUAUCGAGGAAAGCUGGGAUUGGGAGAAGAUCAUCGAAGAUAUGGAUAUGGAUUUCUUAAUUACAUGAUUCCCAUUGCCAUAUGCUUCGGCUGCAUCUGUCUUUACUCAUAUCCACGCUGCGACUUCUUCUCCGUACACUUCUUCAAUAUUUUCUUUUCCGUCAUUUUUUGUCUCGACUUAGCAUGAAUGUCUGCACGGGUGGCGUUCCUUCUAAGCUAUUGAAAGCACGGAGUAAGGUGCUAAGUUCUUAUUGCUGGCGACGAUGGUAGCUCAUUAUCCCCCGGCUUCAUUAACUGGUUUUUUUUUUUUUUUUUUUU